AAUUAAAUGUAUAAUGUGUAAUGACAAAUGUUACAUAAUUAAUUACAUUCAUAAGUAAACUAACAUACGAGGAACUAAAUCUGUAUUAUCACAUAAAUAUAAAGUUUAGACUCGACAAGUAUACACGAAAUAGUGAAGUGAAAAUAAAAAGACGACAUACAGAUAUGAAGUUUUUCGGAAUCAUAGUCCUUGUUGCUCUGUUGAUUUUGUCAUCAGUUACAAUACCAGCCGCUGCUUAUGGAAGAUAUAACCAAGGGCAUACGGGGUAUAGAAGACAUUCGGUUGGAAGGCCUAGUGGUGGUUUCGGUGGCGGUGUAGGUGGUGGAAGAGGUGGUGGUGGUGGCGGUGGUGGAGGUGGUGGUGGUGGUUAUGGUGGUGGUGACUAUUAUGGUUAUCGUGGGAGACAUGGUGGAAAUUACUGAUAGCGAGGACGAUACUUUGAAAAAAACUAUAGUUUCUGAAUAUUUUAAAUAUUUUUAAGUUUUGUUAUAAAAUAUAUCUUUAAAACUGAUGUGUACAUUUAACACAUUUGACAUGUUUAAUACAAUUCCGAAAUACUGAUUUGAGCUACCGACGGAAUAGAUGACCAUAGUUAUACAUGUGUGAGUUUAAUGGAAUUUAUGGUUGAAAUAUAAUGUGGCAAAUAAAAAGCUUGUCAUCAUAAAAAGUUUUAAAUAUUUUUUAUAUCAUUCUGACAAUAUAAAAAAAAUGUCUACUUUUUUA